AUGUCUGGCAGCGGCGUUGAGCAUGAUUCUAGCGCCCGGAAUCACAAGCCGCUUCCGUUUGGGCGACAAUCGUCUGCGCCCGCCUAUAGCCAAUCCCCGCACGACAACUCCUCUCCAUUUGAUGUAUCACCGAUCGCACACCUCUCUCCUCUCGCGUCUCUCGGGGGCACCACGUAUUCCUCUCUUCGAUCAGGCCUCGAUCCCACCCUAUCCGCCUCCACAAAUCAUCUUCCUUCGAGCAGUCACUUCAAAGCCGGUGGGGAUGAGUCUCCCGACCCGGACGAAUUCUAUCGACAGCGUGACGAGUUAGAACCCAACCCGACGGGCGAUUUCGGCGAUGUGACAACGGGCGCCAGUAACAGCAUGGCGACGGGCUGUCGCAACCCAAAUGACAGGGUGUCUUCCCUGCCUGCAAACGUGGUGGAUCCAUCACGCUCCAGACGGCCGACCUACCGUUCCACCUCUGAUUCACCAACAUUGGGAGGUCACUCAGGCAGUGCAUCUCGAAAUGUUCCCAACGUCAGACACCGAAAUACCUCUAUCAGAGACCUCGUCAGCAAGUUCGAAGAGAAGGCUGACCAGGUCCUCCCUCUCCCCUCCGCCUCCCGACCGUCUUCAAGAGCUGCCAGCCCGGCUGGCAGUGCUGACGGCGCAGAUCGUUCACGUCUCGCUCCUCGUCGUCAACUGCGAGACUGCCUGCCGCCGAUUUCCGUAACGAACAACCCGAGACUGCAAUCUGAUUUCACGCCAGCAUCGCCUGAUGUCGAGAGACUGGGGGAAACAAACGCUGUUAUACCACCACCUCUCGUCGAGCGGAUACCGAUCUCUCACCCUCGGCGGCCUUUGUUUGGUGAAUUGCUCUCUGUCGACACCCAGCUGAAUAAUUUGGGAUACGGUAUUCCUGCACAUCUGAGACGUCGGGGCUCGGACGGCAGUAUUCCAAGUCCUAACCCGGCCUUUGCCGAGUUUUCUAAUCCACCCUCUGUCCGAUCACCGCAGACUCCCACUGCGUGGUAUCUCGGGCAGGCGGGCUCUUUAGAAGCCGUGAGCAUAGCUGCAAACACAGCACAUCAGCGCAUGAACGGACAUCGCAGAGUGCGGAGUGAUUUAUCUGCGAACACUCAGAAGGAGCCCCUUGCUGAACCUUGGGCUUACGACAUGGCUGUUUCAGUGCCCUUGCAGCCAGGGGAUGGAUCGCCCGGAAGCCCAAAUUCCAAGUCCCGCAUUCCUGUUUCCUCGCACCGCCUCGUCACUGCUUCCGGCCCCGAGAGCCUCUCAUCAGACGCCAAUAACCCGACAUUCAGCAACCGCUCGAAUGCCACUCCUUUGGCCCCGAAGGGUUCCAGCCGCCUUCCUAAACCGUCACUGAAGGAUAGUCCACCCCGCAUGACGGAAGAUGGUUCCACCUCGUUUGCGAUGACAGCUCGUGGCAGGCGGGAUACGGCAAUUGGCCGAACCCGUACUCAGGUACCCGAACGGAACCGGCAUCUUCAGGCCUACAUUUCCGUACCUCCUCCUAAGAAAUCUCCACCACUACGCAGCUCCCGACCUCGACAGCCGGUAUCUCAAGGUGUUCCGACCUCGCCACGCUCCAGAGUCGGUGAUCGGGUUUCGUCAUUACAAAGGUCUGCCGAUCUUGAUACUGAGGCACGCAAUACUCGGCCGCGACAACGCCGAAUUCCCGAAUUGGGAAAUGUUGAUUUCGAAACUCGGCGACAACGGAUCCAACAAGCAUUCAAUCGAACAGUCCAGGAGAAUGAGCGAAAAGAAGAGGAGGCUGCAGAACUUCGACGGCGACGCUCUCAAAACCUCGAAGCGGGUAUUGACAAGGUUGAAUCUCCAUCGGAUGAGAAGACAUUGACCCCCGCUACGACGGCCAAGCUUAUCCCGCCGCCUGUCGAGAUGGCUACUCUUGUAAAAGAGUCGACCGGGACUCCCGGUCACAACAAAGAAACCCGCAGUGUCCCUCAACUAAAUUUGGUUACGGUUAUCGAUCCUCCAAACGACGAUGCACCACACACCACCAUGGAUUCUCCCACACUGGGAGUCCCAGAUGGAGUGCCUCGAGAAUCGCGCGGUGCCGUGCCAGUCACCGCCAUUAAAAUCGGCUCCAAUGAAACCCACUUCACACGUUUCGGCCCUGAAUCCCAAUCCGAGUUGAUUGAGAGGAAGCCCAGCACAGAUCAUCGUACAUUGUUGGACCACAUCAUGCAAAUUCGCGAGUCCAGUGACAGCGACUCGUGUGAUGAACCGGACUGCAGCAUGUCGGAGAAUGAUGACAAGCAAUCAAUUCAAAUUAUGCUCCAUGAUACGACCUACUUCCAUUCCACAAGCAGGACCGAUAAUGAAGAGCCACGGCACCUCGCCCGGCACUCACAAGCCGCUCAACACCAGACCAGAUGGAGCUUAAGCUCCUGGACUUCUUCGGUACACAAUCAGAAUGAUACAUGCGACGAAGAAUGCGACGAGAGUGGUGAUGACCUGGUCCUUCAGAUGCCGCCGCCAGGACAGGAGGAGCCACCCACUCAGACGUGCUCAGCUGCCUCAACCAGUCCGCCAUCAGAUAACGAUCCUCCGAUCCAGGAUCUCGGUGUGAUGGGCCCUGCAACCCUCAACAAUACGCCGCAACUGCAACCCUCCGGCGUCUUUUCUACUCCUCCAAGCCUGGCCAGGCAAGGCAGAUGGGACUCGCGUCGAGCGACCCAGCUAUAUCUGGAGGAAUUGACGAGGGGCAAGAACAACAACAGUACUCGUCUUCCUCCCAUGCGGACCUCCCAGGAUUACAGCUCUCUUGAAGUGGACACCCGUGCGCAGGAUCAAGCGGAUAGCUUGACAGAUGACGGAGUUGUCGUUCCUAGAUUCGAGGAGAAGCCAAUGCAUGAGCGUCUCCUCCACGGUGCAAGCUUGGUCGGUCGCGAAGACUGGGAGAAUGCUUCUCCGUCCAUUAUGGACUGGAUGCAUAUCGCCGCAGAAGAUGAAGAAGUCACACCUGCUCAUGAAAAGCCAGGGUUUAUCAAUGAUGGUGUGCCCACCCCCACGCCGCAUCUGAUGAUGUCUAUAGCUGAGCUGGAAGGCUCUAACGAUCCAAACGCAGGUCUUGGAUUGUCCGUCAAUCGUCAAGCCGCAUACGAACUUCAGCGCAGGCCAGUGGAACUCCCCGCUGAGACUGAAAGUGCCAGUGAGGAGUCUCGGACCAUUCAGGCACCCCAUUCUGUCUCGGGCCGAGUUCCUACUCUACGGGACCCUACGCUCAGUACUGGAAGCAGCGCGGACUCUUCAUUCCAACGCGUCGAAUCUACACAGUCUCCACUAGCUGCGGAUUCCUCGGCUACCUCGCUUGCUCCAUCGCUCGAGCAUCCGGCGCUCGUGGAGCCAAAAAAAUCACCCUCUCCAGAGCAGCGUCGUCUGAAGAAGCGACGUCACAUCAUCAAAGAACUGGUUGAUACUGAGUAUACGUUUGGCCGAGACAUGAAGGUUGUCGACGACAUCUAUAAGGGCACAUCUAGCUCUUGCCUGGAUCUCUCCGCAGAUGAUGUGAAGGUCCUAUUUGGCAACUCCGACCAAAUUGUUCAAUUCUCCAUGAGCCUUCAGGAUGCACUGAAGAAGGCUGCUCGAAGUGUCUAUAUCAUGCCAAGGUCUCAGCGCUGGGCCAGCAGACGCACUACCCGGAACACCCAACCUGGUGCCAUGGGAGAUGAUGAACAAUUCAAUGCAGAUACCGGCAUCUCGGGGGUCGAGAAAGACCGUGCUACUACCCUUGGCGCGGCAUUCUUGACCCACAUGAGUGGAAUGGAAAAAGUGUACACCGAUUAUUUGAAGAAUCACGACGCUGCCAACAAAAAACUGCAGCUUCUUCAGCGCAACCCUAAGGUUGCUAUUUGGCUCAAAGAGUGCCGUGAGUGGGCAUCGGAUCUUACAAGCGCCUGGGACUUGGAUUCCUUGCUUGUAAAGCCUGUGCAACGCAUCUUGAAGUAUCCUCUUCUUCUCGCCCAGUUACUGGAAGCAACCCCUGACGAUCAUCCUGAUCGCGCAAGUCUUUCGUCUGCCUUGCAAGAUGUCACCAAUAUCUCUGUUCGUAUCAACGAGAUGAAGAAACGUGCGGAUCUUGUCACCCAGGUUGUGGGUCGAAAACGCAACCAGUCUGAUGUGCGAACUGGUCUGUCCAAGGCCUUUGGUCGCCGCACAGAGAAACUACGUCAGCAAGUUGGACUGUCUGAUAUGUACGAAGACCGGGACUACGACGCCCUCUCUGAAAAGUUCGCCGAACAAUACAUCCAAUUACAACUGAUGGUUCGUGAUGUGCAAGAUUACGUUGAAUCCACGAAGAGAUGGAUGAUCCAGUACGAUGAGUUUGCGAGCACCAUCGAAGGACUUCUCGACGUGCAUCAUUCUCCUUACCCGGAGCUGGACAGCAAGUGGCGCGGCUUCAGGAUGUCAGUUCUGGAUAUUAUCAGUAACGCCCUGCCUGAACAUGUUGACGUUGUCACGAAAUCUUGCAUUGAUCCCACUUCCAAGGUGAUUGCGCUAUAUACCGGGCCGGAGCGCGUGAUGAAGAAGCGACAGAAGCGGCUAUUGGAUUAUGGACGCUACAAGUCGAUCAUGGAGCGUGGAGAGAAAGCUGACAAAAAGACCACUGAGCAAGGCGAGCAAUUUAUUGCUCUGAAUGAGACUCUCAAGGAAGAACUGCCUCGGCUCUUUGCGCUUUCUGCCAAAUUCGGCCAAGCAUGCCUGAAGAACUUGGCUGAUAUUCAGCUCACUUGGUAUGCCAUCUUGCAGCAGAAGGUCGCACCCUUUGUAGAGGCCUUCCCAGAUGACAUGCAAAAGGUGAUCAGUGACUGGAACAGUGACUUCUCCUUCUCGGAAGCUCAGGUUCUCUCACUCGGCAUCUGCAAUGGCUCUGUCUUGAUCGACAGUGUGAAUCUUGUGAACUUCAAUACUCCGUCCACAAGAGACAUCACCUCUUCACGUCGCCCAUCGACGACUACCAGCUCCAAUCCCCGACCGCAGUCUUUCGCCGAAGACUCACCCAAGGUGUCCUACGACUACGGCACCAGCCAGUUGUUCCAGUCACCUCAUAUGGGUAGUCAAGCCGAUGCCCGCCAUCGGGCGGAUUCAUCCUUCUCUGCGCGCGCUCCACCAGACCCCUCAAACCACCUGGACGCGGGACGCAGCCACAGCCACAGCCAGUUGCUGCAAGAGGUGACCAACUCCAGUGGCACUAGCUCUCAACCUACCCAAUUCGAGGCCGAGUCGUUCCCGAGGCUUCCCAGGCUAAGUCUGGAUACUCCUUUCCUCGCCGACGUGAUCAAUGCGCCAUCGAGCGUGGUCCCCGCCGGUGAGCAAAAUCCGCCGACCUCUCCUGCUGGCCGCUACUCCAGCUUCUUCUCGUCAGCGAUGCCGAUGUCAGACACCCCUAGCGACGGGGGUGUCGCUCAAGAGGCUGCGCCUAUGGAACCCACCGUCCUGUUCCAUGUGGCCAGCCUCUACGAGUUCAAUAUCGACCGGUCACGUCGCGAGGCAGGUUAUCCAUACCUGACCUACGACACCGGCGAUAUUUUCGACGUCGUUGGCGAGAAGGGCGAGCUGUGGCUAGCACGGAACCAAGACGAUCCCACCCGUGAGAUUGGAUGGAUCUGGACGCGUCACUUUGCGAAGCUCUCUACCUAG